AUGGCAGCCUCGAGAGGAAGCAUGACGCCAACCAACGAGACAGAGCAUUCCGUCAGCCGCAUAAACCGUGAUGGCAAGAGAAUCACAUACAACUUGAAGGUUAUUCAACAGCCCGAGCGAGCCCGUGCUUGUGGUGCUGGAGCAAAAUCCUCAGCCGACCGUCGCCCUGUCGACCCUCCACCCGUCGUAGAGCUGAGGGUGUAUGAAUCCGACCCCGGGAAUGAAAUGGACAAGACCGAUAUUACCUUCGCUUACAAUGCCAACUUCUUCCUGUUCGCCACCCUCGACAACGCCAGACCGAUUGCCCAGGGACGUGUCGCUGGCCAGCCUCCUACCUGUCCUGUUCUCACUGGCGUGCCUGUCGCUGGCAUUGCGUAUUUGGACCGACCUUCCCAAGCCGGAUACUUCAUCUUCCCCGAUCUUUCAGUUCGCCACGAAGGUUUUUAUCGAUUGAACUUCAACCUGUACGAAGAGAUCAAAGAGGGCAAGGACGUGGAUAAAGAUGCCCCGAUCCCGUCUCGGGAGAGCCUUGCUCCAUCGAGCAAGCCAACCGCUCCCAAAACGUUCUUGAAUUUCAGAUUGGAGGUCAAGUCGACUCCGUUCCAAGUUUAUAGUGCGAAGAAGUUCCCUGGCCUGGCUACCAGCACCUCUCUCAGCCGCGUGGUCGCCGAACAAGGCUGUCGCGUGCGUAUUCGCCGCGACGUGCGUAUGAGACGUCGUGGUGAGAAGGGCGGCAAGGACUACGAAUAUGACGAUGAGCGCUAUACUCGAUCCCCACGAUACACUACCCCAAGUCCUAUCGAGCGUCCUCGGUCGGCAAGCAACAGCACAGUCGAGACCCCAUAUGCCUAUGCACCGCAACCACAGCGCCGUGACUCGAUUCCCGAAUAUCACAACUCGCAGGCUCUGCCACCGCCACCGCCAGCGUACCAAACUGCUGCCGGACCACCUCCCCCAGCAUCUUCGUCGAACGUACCUGGAUAUCUUUCCUUUGGCUCCGCUCCUUCUUACCAGACUCCACAACUACCGGCUACAUCUCAGAUCGCUCCUCGCACGCCGUCAUUCUCGUCUCAAUCACUGCCGCAUUCCCGCAAUCCAUCAAGCUCAUCUGAACGCGAAUCCAUCUCACAACCAUACCCUACUCGGUCUCAUCUGCCUCCAAUCCUGAACCCAACACCCAUCGAUCCUCCUGCUUUUGGAGAGGCCGAACGCAGAGGCUAUUCACCACAGUCUGCACCGCGUCCACGCAGUCCCUCGUCGGUUAUGCUUCCACCUAUCAGUUCGCUUGCUCACUUCUCGUCUCCUGUGCCUAUGCAUGAGAAUCCGCCAAGGAAACCAUUCUACCCGAUCGAGACAUCUUUGGCGAAACGAUCACAUGAAGACUCGUUUGGCCAUCACGACAAUCUUGUGCAUAAUAAGAGUGUGCGUUUUGACAACGACUUUGCUAGCUCUGCUGGGAAACGCGACACUCUAGAUGUUCCUCCUCGAUGGGAAGGCUCUUCCAUGGAAUACCGACGAGCGAACGGAACUAUGUCUACCAAGGUUCGACUGGAGGUUUGA